ACACGUUGAGGCAGAAACGACCACGUUCAAUGUUUCUCCACAGAGCUGACUUAAGCCUUCGUCCCCGAACGAAAUAUCGUGAUUCUGAUUAAAAGAAAGUUUGUUUCCUUCGUCGGAGAGGUGGGAAAACAUCACGACCCCAACCAUGAUCAACACCAUGGAGUGUGCAGUGGACGCACAAAGUCUCAUUUCGAUAUCUUUACGGAAAAUCCACAACUCCCGUACGCAGAGAGGAGGAAUCAAGCUGCACAAAAACCUGCUGGUCUCCUAUGUACUGAGGAACGCCAGGCAAGUCUACAUGAACGAGAAGUACGCCGAAAUCUACAGGAUGCAGCAGUACGAGGAGGUGAUGACCGUCUGCAACGAGAUCCAGGAGCUGAACCCGCUCGAUCUGGUGGAGGACUGCGAGGAGCAGACGGGGGACUGCUGCGGCAGCGCGAACGAGUCGGCGAGCCUAUGCGGUGCGCUCCUGCCCGUCAGUCACCAGGCUCCUUCGGUGCAGCACAUCCAGCCCAGCAGCGCCUGCUUGGUGCCCCUAGCUCUCCAAAGCGAGGAGGUCUGCAAAUCGCCGGACCCCUCGUUCUACCGCAGCUGCUGCGCGGAACCCUAUCCCGUGUCCAACUGUGACUUUUCGCCGGUAAACAACAUGCACUGCAACAAAACUACAGUGCUCGAUUUGGACACGCAUGUCGUUACCACCGUUUCAUAUGCUGGUACGGUUUGUAUGUAA